CGUGCGAUCCGCGCGCUUUUCGGAUUUCGAACUCGCUUAGUGUGGUGUCUUUUGUCCAUUGGAUUACUACUAGCUAAGUGAAGUGCUGAUAAAUUUUGUGAGCGCAAUUUAAUCUCGGAGUUCAAAUAAAAUUGAUUACAAUGAAUGCUGUGAAACAAUACAAAUAACGAGGCGAAAAGCGACCGAACUCGAAAAAAUAUUCCAAACUUAGUCAAAUAAAAAGUUCCUAAAAUCUAGCUUAAAAUUCUAGUUUACAAAAUGUAUAGCUCGAACGAAUUUUUGCAAAGCGCUGGGGUGAGCCGCCAAAUGCAGGCCACCGGCGAAGCCCCGUCUCAGAAAACUUGUAUGAAGCGACGCUCCUGCGAAGUCCCUUUAGGUGACAUCUCGUCAAAUAACUUCAAAGUAUCACUUAAUGACAUAUCAUCUAUAGACGACCCUAACUACGACUGUAGGUCGUUGCGUUCUGUUAAAUCUGACGAUACCAGACUGAGGUAUUACAGACCAAUUAUUGACAGUAGGACUGUUAAGAAUUUUCGGUCGUCACUUGUUGACGUUUCUGGACUAUCAACUAUUUCUGGGUUUUCGCUGUCAAGGCCUCCCAGUUAUGACCAGCUGUCUAGAAGGUCGUUAGUGGACGGUGCAGAAGGUCACGGUGUAACGUCGAGUAUAGAAGGAGUACUGUGGUCUGAUGAAGAGGAGAAUGAAUACUUCUACCACGAGAAUAUUACGUCUGCUUGGAAUCAAGACUUGGCGGCGAUACGACAACUGUUGGAAAGCGAGACGGGGGGUACGACUUGUCCGAGUUGUAAUAUGCCCUUUGACAAGGGUAAAAAGAGAAAGCUGAUCGAUGUAUGUGGACAUGAGCGCUGCUACUCGUGCAUGUUCCGUAACGAAGCCUGCCCACUGUGCGCCAGAAGGAGCCAAGGCAGACGCCAAGCUAUGGAGAGAUACACACCUUCACCGCAGAGGCAAGACCAGGAUUGGCAAUCACCUAUGCGUCUGCCAAAACCGCCUAAACAACCCACCAACUUGGUCCAAAGCUGCCCCACACCACCGCAUACACGGAGAAGAUUCUUCCUCAGCCCUAAAUCGCUUCGGAGUCCCUUUGGACCCCGAGCCCGGCAUUCUCACGAAAAUCACGUGCCUCUAUCUGGAUUACCAGAAGAAGGACCGCGGAUGGCAGCGUGGCCAAGCGUGGUCUUCAAUAAGAUCAGAUCGCUUUGGUCAGCGCAUUCAUCAGUGCCACAAGGAUUGAAUCAAUUGGCAGAUGACGAAGGCGGACACAUCAAACAGCCAGGCUACGAGGCCCGACGUCAGAAUGACUUGUACAUGCGACUUGGCUUGCUGCUGGGUGAAAGACGAGGCGCUCGGAACAAGUCCAGAGACAGUUGCACUUCGCUCGCUUCGCUCGAUGCGCACACGCUCGCUUCGCAUAACACUAGCCCUGUGUCCACACUGACAGGAUCUUCAGAAGUAGAUGCAGCGACGCCUCUAGGGCGCGAUUCUUUAGGAUCAUUGGCGUCCAUGUCAUUAUCGGCUGCUAGCAAUUGUUCUUCGUCAAGUCCUGGUAGCAGAAGGCAUUCCGUAAAUACAUUACAAGGUGGAAGAUCAGAAGAGUUGACUCGUAUGUCUAGUGGAUUCUUUAAAUCCAGGAAAACAGCGGCCAGAAGGUCAGCUAGGGUCAGCAGUAAACAGUGUUCAUCAUCAUCAGAAAUCAAGAAAGUGUACCCGUCGUUGCCUCUGACUUUAAGGCCGCUUUUCUUUGAGGUUCCUUCCACGGACAGCAAUGCUUAUUUUGCAGGAAGGCAAUGGUUAAUAAGGGACAUGGAAAAGGCUUUGGAAUCCAGUACAUCAGGGAUCCUAAUUUCUGGUAGCCCGGGAACAGGGAAGACAGCGUUGAUCCUGCAACUGGUGGAGUACUCCUGCUUCGGGAGGAAGAGGAAUUAUGAGUACGAGGAGUUGAGGGAGCAGUCGGACAUCAGGGAAAUGUUGCCAGAGGAAACGACUGCGGGGCUGUUCACACAUCUUGCUUCACAUGUCGUGGCGUAUCAUUUUUGUCAGGCUGACAACAAUAGUACAUGCCUGGUUGGAGAAUUCGUACAUUCCUUGGCAGCUCAGCUGUGUCAAGCUCCAAGGCUUCAAGCAUACAGAGAGUAUAUCCUCAGUGAACCCCAUCUUAUAGCCUGUCUUUCUUUGAAAGAAUGCAUAGCAGACCCUGACUUGGCUUUCAUGAGAGGAAUAAUUGAACCACUCAUCAUACUGAGGAAAAAUGGAAGCAUAGACUCAGGCAAUAGUAUUAUUCUUGUUGAUGGGUUGUGUGAAGCAGAAUAUCACAGACCAGAUCAUGGUCACACCAUAGCCUCAUUCCUUAUAAGGCAUGUAACAGAAAUGCCAUCUUGGUUGAAAGUAGUGGCAACUAUCCGAGCGCAAUUUUUAGAAUUAACUAAACAGCUACCUUACACGAGGCUAAGUUUGGACGAUUCAGACAAUGUAAAUAAGGAUUUACUUGAAUAUUUCAACGCAAGAGUACAAUCAACGCCAAUAAUAGAAACGAAUAUCAAAUGUUCAACAGGAAAAUCAGAAGGAGUGCACAAUUCCGUGAUGAAAUUUGCACAAUAUGUACUCCAUUUGAGUCAAGGCUCAUUUCUGUUCCUGAAACUAAUAUUGGAUCUCCUUGAGAGAAGUCACAUUGUCGUAAAGUCGACGAAUUACAAAGUAGUGCCAAUAUCUUUGGCUCAGAUAUUUUUGUUACAAUUCAAUUUGAGAUUUCCCACAGUGCAAUCUUUUGAAAAGAUAACGCAUAUUCUAAGCGUCUGCCUAGCAGCUCUCUAUCCUUUAACUUUAGUAGAAAUAUAUUAUUCUGUAAAUUCUUUAUUGGUGAACCAAUUUCUGCCAUGGGAAGAAUUUUGUGACAGAUUCGAAACACUUUCCGACUUCCUAGUUAAACGGAUCGAUAAUACGUACAUGUUCUUUCACCCAUCCUUCAGGGAAUGGUUGAUAAGACGUGACGACAAUGAGAGUGCAAAAUUUCUAUGUGAUUUAAGAGCUGGCCAUUGUGGUAUUGCAUUCAGACUUUCAAGAGUACAAUCACCUUUAGAUUCAGAAAAAACUAUGGAACUGGGACAUCACAUUCUAAAGGCACAUAUGUAUAGGAAUCUAGGACCAGCUCAGCUCGGAUUAUGCCCAAGAGAUCUUCAAGCAGCGAUGGUAUCAACAAGUUCUUCAAAUGUCGGUGAAGCGAUUGCAAAUCUUAGAAACAUAUACACUCCAAAUGUGAAAGUAUCAAGAUUGAUGUUGUUAGCUGGUGGAUCCCCGAACCAUAUCACGGAUUGUCUUGGAAAUGCGCCGUUGUUGUGCAUGUAUUCCUAUCAAGGAAUCAUAUCGAUGGUGGGGCUGUUGAUCGAAUUUGGGGCAGACUUGGAGAUGACCAACUCCCAAGGAUGUACGGCGUUAUCAUUAGCAUGCCAGAGAGGUCACACAGAUGUUGCUAGAAGACUUAUUGCAGCAGGUGCAUCCCUCAGUCACACAGACACAGCUGAACAAACUCCACUAGUCCAUGCAGCUAAAAACGGCCACAGGGACACAGUGAUAUACCUAUUGGGUUGUCAGACUGGAGGAAAGGACGACAGGAAUUCCUUGGACAUUGAUGAUGGAAGCAUAGAACAGUUGGUUCCAGGGUCGAGACAUGCCUUAAUUGCAGCUGCUCAAAAUGGACAUCUGGAUAUCGUGGAGUAUCUGCUGGAUACUGCUGAAUUGAUACCGGACGGCAUAUGCCCAGUGACAGGCGAGACCGCUCUGACAGCGGCCUGUUGCACCGGCAACGUGGCCAUCGCAGACGCGCUCCUCAUCCGUGGAGCUACCCCCUACUCCCUCAAUGCAAGACAGAUGUCGCCACUAGCGUUAGCAGCCAAGAAUGGAAGAUCUACAUUAGUUUUAAGGUUGCUAGAUUCCGGAGCAGACGUGGCAGGUUCUGGAGGAAAAAAUCCAUUGAUUUUAGCCGCAGCUGAAGGUCACGCUGAUGUUGUGGAGAUAUUGUUAAAUCAUGGAGCUGACCCCAAUUGCGUAGAUGCAGAAGGCGUGCCAGCCCUGGGCUGGACGUGUUUGCGAUCCAGAAUAACAACCAUGAUGUUGUUAUUGGACAGAGGAGCUUUUAUUGAUCAACCAGACGGUAACGGUCGUACACCACUGGGCCUGGCUUGCGGUGGACCUACAGACCUGGUUGAGAUACUGCUGGAGCGAGGAGCCUCGCUGGAGAAGGUGGACCACAGUGGAUUGAGGCCUUUGGACAGGGCCAUCGGCCAGAGGAAUGUGCCGGUGGUGAACUGUUUCUUGCGAAAAGGCGCUAAACUUGGCCCCACGACGUGGGUUAUGGCGUCAGGAAAACCAGAAUUUAUGUUAAUCCUGUUAAACAAAUUGCUGGAAGACGGUAAUAUGUUGUACCGUAAGAAUCGACCUUCGGAGGCGGCACACCGCUACCAGUACGCCCUGAAGAAGAUCAACCCCCUGAUCAGCGACGAGGGGUUAACGACCCCCAGCACGCAGCCGGUACCUCAUGAGCACGUGUCUGCGUUUGUGCAGUUGAAGACCAACUUGUUGCUCAACUUGUCGAGGUGUAAGAGGAAACUGAAUGAACCUUCAGAAGCGCUGGACUUCGCCGCCCGCGCGUCCGUCCUCAGACCGAACGCGUUCGAAUGCGCGUACGCAAUGUCCCGAGCUAUCCUGGCCCUCAACAAGCCCUCAGAGGCGCUGCCCCACGCCCGGAGAGCCCUGGUCCUCGCCCCAACUACCGACUUAUCCGCUAUAAGGACUUUAAAGGCCCUCCAACAAGAAAUUUUGACAAGAAUCAACGCAGGCUCACACAGCUUGUGUGGCGACAGUCGAUCCAUACGAAAUUUUGACACUAUCAGUCUAAACUUGCCCUGAUAUUAAAACAGAAUAUAGGAGUUUAAUACUAAAGUGCGAAUAAUCUUACAUUUCUUUGUUAAUCGGAUUAUAAGUUCACUGUUAUGUCCAUCAAUGCAAUUAGUAUUUUCUUUAGAUUCGUUACAAUUAUUAUAUUUUUUUUUCAAUAUACAUUUUAUUAUGUAGAUUACAUUUUAUGGCUUUACUGUACUUGUAGAUACCUAGUUACUAUAUAGAUUUUUUUAUUAUAUAAAAUGAUAAUAUCAUGUAUAUAGCCGCAAUUCUAAAAUUUUCGUUGGUUCUGUACAGUGACUUUUUAUUUUAGACUCGAAUAUAAUUUGUCUUUUUAUUUAAAAUAGCUAGCCAUAUCCCAUUUGUUUAAAAAAAAGAAAUCGUGCCUUGGUUUAAAACGAAAAUCUGCAAUUUAUUUAAUUAUUUUGUUAUUUUUUAAUUAAGUUUGAGUUAAACUCACGUGCCCAUUUCCUUGCUUUAUUUUAAUUUAUUAAAAAAAAACGAGUGUAUUAUGAAAUUUUGAAACUAAAUUAAGUACCUAACGCUAGGUUUGAACAAGUUGUUUGUAUGUGUUGGAUAAAUAUAUAAAAAUAUCCAGAGUGAAUUCCUAAUUAAAAGUUAUUUAUUCAUUUUUCUAAAUUCCCUAUAUUGUGAAUAUUUUGCGUGCUAAAACAUAAAAUACCACAAAAAAUGUAAAGCAUCUUUUUUUUUAAAUAAAAAAGUAAAAAAAAAAAAAAUAUUUUCCAUGCUGUGGUAUAGUAAGAUUACAUUAUUUAUUCAAAAUUUGCGUAUUUUGACAAAAUAUCCAUUUGACGAUUUGUAAGACUGACGAUAAUGAAAAUGGUGAGGAUACAAUUAUUUAGACAAAUAAGUGUAUUUUAAGUACAAUAAUAAUUACUGUGACAGUACACAUAAUAUCUAUUGAAUAAAAUUUUCGUAUUGCUUCGGAAA